AUGCUUGUAGCAGGCUUGCUUACCAUUGGCAAUAUUCGACGAUCUCAACAAGUAGGACCUACAUCUAUUGCUACAACUGGCACCACUCGUGCACGAAUUCGAAAAGAUGAAAGAAAACGAGGUUUUAUACGACGUUAUUUUAGUCGAUGUGCUUCAGUUGAUGAACCGUUAAGUGAUAAACAUACAAUGGUGAUGGUUAUUAAUAGUGAUAAAUUAAAACAAUAUGUGGAAUCGAAACCUUUACCUGCAGAAAUAAAACGUUAUGUAAAAUCAAAUACAAUUAUUUAA